AUGCUCCGCAGCGGCAACACCAUACCCAUCUCCGUUACUCAAUUCUCGAUUCCGGUGACCGGUCACUGCCAACUUACUGCAUCGACCAACCUGCACCCGCGCCUUGUCUGGGGGGCAGGAAGACCCCUUGCCCUCAUCCAUGGAUAUCCGGAACGCUUCGCAGGCCCAAGAGCGGCUAUGUAA